AAGCGGUUCGUAAUUUGGAUUCGAUUUGUUCUCUCUGUUCUUCUUCGAUUUCGAGACGAUGGUUAUGGCUAAGCUUCUCAGUCUGCUACUACUUUUCUCCGUCUUCUUCCUCCAUUCAAAUGCCGGAGAAGAAGAAGCUUUCGACGUUCGCCAACACCUCUCUACUGUGUCCAGAUACGGCGUCGUUAAAGACGUCGCUGACAAUUCAUUUGUAGCAUCUGAAAUUCCAGAUGGAUGCACUCCCAUUCACUUGAAUCUUGUGGCAAGGCAUGGAACUCGGUCUCCUACGAAGAAACGGAUGAAGGAGAUGGACAACCUGGCACCUCGUCUGGCUUCGUUAGUGAAGGAAGCUGAAGAACAGAAACAGCCUUUGCAAAACCUUCCCGCUUGGUUAAGGGAAUGGGAAUCGCCUUGGAAAGGAAAACAGAAUGGUGGACAAUUGACUGUCCAGGGAGAGGAAGAGCUCUAUGAAUUAGGAAUUAGGACUAGAGAAAGAUUCCCGCAUUUGUUUGAUGAGGAUUACCAUCCAAAUGUGUAUGCCAUCAAGUCAUCUCAAAUCCCUCGGGCAUCAGCCAGUGCUGUGGCAUUUGGCAUGGGGUUGUUCAGUGGCAAAGGAAAUCUUGGUCCAGGCAGACAUCAAGCUUUUGCUGUAACCAGUGAAAGCCGUGCGAGUGAUAUAGUGUUGAGGUUCCAUGAUUGUUGCGAUAACUACAAGGACUAUCGGAAAAGUCAGGAGCCAUCUGUUACUAAGCUUAAGGAACCAGUCUUUGACGAAAUUACUUCUGCAUUAAAAAGGCGCUACAAGUUGAACUUUUCAAGGCAGGACACAUCAUCACUCUGGUUUCUUUGCAAACAGGAGGCGUCCUUGUUGAAUGUAACCGAUCAAGCUUGUGCGCUUUUCAGCCCCUCUGAGGUUGCUUUGCUGGAAUGGACAGAUGAUUUGGAGGCCUUUAUAUUGAAGGGGUAUGGUAAAGCUUUGAACUAUAGAAUGGGGGUUCCCUUGCUUAAAGAUGUUGUGCAAUCUAUGGAUCAGGCUAUUGAGGCCCACGAAGAAAAACAUGAUCCUGGCACUUAUGAAAAGGCAAGGCUGAGGUUUGCACACGCAGAAACUGUGGUUCCAUUUUCAUGCUUGCUCGGGCUUUUUCUUGAAGGAUCUGAAUUUCAACAAAUACAGAGGGAACAGCCCUUGGAACACCCUCCAAAGCCUCCCCAGAAAAGAAAUUGGAAGUGCAGCAAUAUGGCACCUUUUGGUGGGAAUAACAUGCUUGUACUGUACAGCUGUCCAGCCAACAGUUCAAGCAAGUACUUUGUGCAAGUGUUGCACAAUGAGCAACCCAUUCCUGUGCCUGGUUGUGAUGGUUCUGACCUUUGCCCACUUGAUGAUUUUAAGGAAAAAGUAGUUGCUCCUCAUUUGAAGCAUGACUACAAUGCAGUAUGCAAUACAAAAGGAGGACAGCAGGAGCAAAAGCCUGCAACCAGUAAGUUAUCUCAACUGUUCCGUUGGCUUUUCUCAAACAGGAUUGUUCCUACCCACGAUGAAUUUUAGUUUCUUUCAAGUGAGGUUGGGAAAUUUCUGGCACUCCUUUUCUCUGCUGUAACUCUGGCUUUAUCAGCUCUCAUUAGCAGCCAUCUUCUAGUAGACUUAAUGUUUUGUGGAAACUGUUUCUAAUACCGAAACAACUCGUCUUUUUUCCCGAUACAGAAGUCUCUGCAUUUUGAAUUAACUCAGCUGGCGAUAGGGUUGACAGUUUUGUAUAGCUUUGCUCCUAACACAACAGCUUAACUGCCUUGCUGUUCUAACGUGUUCUUGGAGAGAUGGAUACCACGCAAAUUUCCUAGUUUGAAUGUAGAUACGCUUGUUUGUAUGUUCCCAAAAACGAAUACCCAGGUCUCAAUGAAUAAUUUGCCAUC